AUGAUUCCAGCUGACAUUUCUGGCGACUCGCCAAUUGAGGAGGUGAGGAACGCAGUUCCUGUCACCGACGACUCGACACUGCCCGUCCUAACAAUCAGGACAUGGGUGUUGGGGCCACUCGUGUGCGCCAUCACGUCUUUCAUGUACCAGAUUUCCACGUAUAGGAGGAGCCAAAUGUGGGUCAGUGAGUCAUGCGCCCAAAUUUUACUGCUUGUGCUGGGGAGACUAUUGGCCUCCACUCUUCCUGCCAAGAUCGUGGGGAUCCCAGGAACAAAUUGGAAGUUUUCUCUCAAUCCGGGACCGUUCAAUGUCAAGGAGCACGUACUGGUGGUCAUCCUCUCCACGACCGGAUUUGAAACAGUACAGUCCAUGUCGACCAUCAAUGCCAUCAAGGUGGUAUACCACAAGAAUAUAAGUGUUUGGGCUUCCAUUUUGAUGAUCAUGACAUCUCAGAUGAUAGGAUUUGGUUUUGCUGGACUGUUCAGAAGGAUUCUUGUGGACAAUCCUUACAUGUGGUACCCCUUAACCUUACCGAAGGUAUCUUUCUACAGAGCGCUCCAUGAGAAAGCACCGAGAGCUAGAGGCCGGCUCAGCGGAUUCCAAAUUCUUGUCAUCUGUGCUGUCUUUGUCUUUGCCUAUUCCAUCAUUCCCGCCUACUUCAUGCAAAUUAUCAUGGUGUUCUCAUUCCUCUGCUGGAUCUGGAAAGACUCGGUCACGGUGCAUCAACUCGGCGCAGGUUACUAUGGUCUUGGGAUCGGUUCUCUUGCCAUUGACUGGGACUCGGCUACUGCUUGGGUGGGCAACCCUUUGAUAUUGCCUAGGUUCACGAUCGUGAACACACUGGUCGGGUUUGUGGUUAUAAUGUACGUGUGCAUACCGGUGGCCUAUUGGAUGAAUUUGUUUGAUGCAAAGAGGUUCCCGAUAUUGACUCCGGACUCAUAUGAUUAUUCGGGGAACCAGUACGAUAUUACCCGGGUUUUUGGAGAAGAGUUACAACUUAAUGAGCUGGCGUACAACGAGUACUCAAAGAUGUACAUGAGCAUCGGAUAUGUCUUCAAACUGGGGUUCACAUUCGCUGCCUUAACCGGAGCAUUGACUUAUUUUCUUCUGUUCCAUGGAAGGGAGAGCUGGCAGCAGCUGAACCAGUCAAUGAAAAACGAGAGCAAGUCCGGCGACAUUCACAAUGAGCUCAUGAAGAAGUACGAGCCGAUCCCUCGGUGGUGGUUCUACGUGAUUAUCGUGUCGAUGGUCAGUCUUGGCAUUGCCAAUUGCCAAUUCUUUGGCCAAGAAUUCCAACUUCCGACUUGGGCAUUUCUACUGUCCUUGGCUAUACCAUCCAUCCUCAUUCUUCCCCUGGGCAUAAUUGAAGCUACCACUGGCACUUACCUCGGAUUAUCAGUUGUCGCCGAAUUGAUCAUCGGCUAUUUAUACCCAGGGAGGCCUAUAACCAGCUUCACUUUCCCGGCCUAUGUUCAAAGCACUAAGAUGCACGCCAUCACGUUUUUAGCCGAGUUCAAGCUAGGGCAUUACAUGAAGAUCCCGCCGAAAUCUAUGUUCCUUGUUCAGAUCUUUGGCUCGCUCCUCUCCAGCUCUGUCAAGCUCGGGACCGCGUGGUGGGCCCUGACGUCGGUUGAGAACAUAUGCGACAGAGACAAGCUGCCGAAGGGGAGCAUGUGGACGUGCCCCGGCAUCCAGUCCUCCCUGACCGACUCCAUGAUAUGGGGCGGGCUCGGGCCGGCCCGGAUUUUCACGCCGGGGGCCUACGCGGGCAUCUACUUCUUCUUCCUAGUGGGGGCGGCUGCUCCCCUGGCGGUGUGGCUCGUGGCCCGCGCCUUCCCUGGAAAGAAAUGGAUCCGGCUCAUCAACUUCCCGGUCAUCUUCAUGUCGGCCUCGUUCGUGAUCCCGGCCCAGCCAGUGCACUACUGGACGUUCUUCGCAGUGGCGGCAGCGUACCACCUGGUGGCCCGGAUGGCAGCAAAGGAGUGGUGGGCCCGGCACGUGUACGAUGUGUCCAACGGGUUGGACCUUGGGUAUGCCUUCUUCGGGGUGCUCCUCGCUCUGAGCUUCGGGUUUUCCGAAAUACAGGGGCCAUACUGGUGGGGCAGGGACUUCGACUCCUUCUGUCCAUUGUCCGAGUGUCCAACCGCACCGGGCGUCCUCCACGAGAACUGCCCGGUCUUCUGAGACUGCCUGGCUUGAAUCUCAGCACACAAGUCAUAGCCAUAGCUUUUGUUCUUAGGUUUCAAGUGGCUGUUGUUCUCUAGUUUUGUAGAUUUCAGUGUCACCUGCAUUACAGCAGGGAGGUUGCUGCCUUGAUGUUCUCGAAGGCUGUCUUUAGUUUUCGGUCUCGACCAUGUGGCAAUCUUCGCCUCGGACCGCGUGUCUCGGCACCAGACG